AUGAAACGCGAGGAGGGGGGGUUGAGCGCAACAACCUUGGAAGAGCUGUCCGACUCGGUCUGUGCGGGGAGAAGUGGAGCUUUCGACUUGAGCUUCUGGGGUGGCUGGGGGAGGAGUUUGGGGGGGGAUGUGGAUCGAAUUGAUGAUGUUGAGGUCAAAGAGAUGUUUGAAGGGAGAAAGGAAUACAAGACUUCCCGUUUCCUCGUUCCGGUCAAGAGUUUUUCUCCGGACUUGUUGACGGGUGUGACCCUCCAAGGCUUUUUUUACCGUGCGCUUAGGCUUUAA